CCCUUCUCUCCUCUCUAUUAUAGAAAAGAGAAAACAAUUUAACUUCUCCUACUCCCCAUUUAUGUCCCACAUACCAAGAUUCCAAAAGUCACAUACAUAGUUAAUCAUUCUCAAAUUUUUCUAUUGCUUUACAUAUUCCAUCUUCUAUAUAUAGUUCUUCAAAAGGGUUGCUCAAGAAAGUAGCCACAAGACUUCCCUUUUUUAUAUACAUAUACACCUCUUCUUAUUCCCUCUAUACCUUGUACUUCUCUUCUUAUAACAUAUAUGGAGGACUACCCAUCAAUGAACAGUACUAUGAGAACACUUGUUUCUUCCUCUUCUAAUGAUGAGAGAGCAAUACUUGUUGUUGAUGAUGAUGAUGAUGAUAAAUAUAGUUUUGAAGAGAGUGGUUGGACUAUGUAUCUUGAUGAUUCUUUUGACAAUAAUGGUGAUGAAAACCACAGUUCUUUCCCUUUUGAUGAUGAAACUGCAGCUUCUUCUCUAGUCUCUGAUGCUGCUUCUUUGAUCUUCAAGAAGUCUGAUGGUGAUCUUGAAAAAUCUGGAUUACCCAUUGAUAAUAACAAAAGUUAUAGCAGGCUGAGUUUCAAGAAGAGGAAAACCAAAGGAGCUCUGGUUGAUGAUUCUUUGGAGGAUACUGCUAGUUCUCCUGUCAACAGUCCCAAGGUUUAUGAUAUCAUGAACCAGUUUAACAAGAGCAUUAAACAGAGGGACAUGGACGUUUCACAGGACAAAGGAAAUAAUAUUACCUCAAGUGAUCAGCUGCUAGAUGACAGAAGUAAUCUGGGUUUUCUUGGAAGAGAAAGUGACAACACAGAAUUGAAGAAAAGGGGUCUUUGUUUAGUUCCUGUGUCCAUGGUAGUGAAUUAUUUUGGUUGAAUUUAACCAAAGUUUAUAUCAUACCCACUUCUUAAUAUUUCUCUCUCCAUAAUUCAUGGACCACAAUUCCCAGAGAUGGCAUUGCCAUUGUCAAGCAGGGAAAGAGAAAUGGUGUUCCUUUUGUACAUAUAUAUAAUAAUAUAUUGCGAUUAAGAUCCAUUAUCAUUGUCUGCAACUGGCAUUUGAAAUA